CGCCUCGCCUGACACGGUCUCCCGCCGCCGCCAUUGACAGCGCGCUGCUGCCGCCGCCGCCGCCUCCGCCGCGAUGCCGAGCGGCAGCUCCGCGGCCCUGGCCCUGGCGGCGGCCCCGGCCCCCCUGCCGCAGCCUCAGCCGCCGCCCCCGCCUCCCCCCCCGCCGCUGCCGCCGCCGCCCCCCGGGGGUCCGGAGCCUGAGCGGGACGGGCUCCUGCUGCGGGAGCGCCUGGCCGCGCUAGGCCUCGACGACCCCCACCAGGCGGACACCACCGACCCGACGCUCCGGGCCGCGGUGGCGGCGGCUCAAGCUCAGGCCCGGAGGAUGGUGGGGCUGUCCCCGGAGGAGCGGGCUCACCCCGGCCGGCCCGGGGCCCCGGAGACGGCGGAGCUGGAGCUGGAGCUAGAGGAGGAGGAGGAGGAAGCAGAGGUGGACGGGGACCUGCUGGAGGAGGAGGAGCUGGAAGAGGAGGAGGACGACGAGGAGGAGGACCACGACCGGCAGCCGCUGCUGCUGCUCUCGCCGCCCGCCGCCGCCGCCGCCGCCACCUCCCAGAGCCACCCGAUUCCGGGCGGGUCCCUGGGCUCGGUGCUACUCCCUGCCCCGGGCUUCGACGCUCGGGAGGCGGCGGCGGCGGCGGCGGCGGCCGGGGUGCUGUACGGAGGGGACGAUCCCCAGGGCAUGAUGGCGGCGAUGCUGUCCCACGCCUACGGCCCCGGCGGCUGCGGGGGGGCGGCGGCGGCGGCGGCGGCGGCCGCGCUGAACGGGGAGCAGGCAGCUCUCCUCCGGAGAAAGAGCGUCAACACCACUGAGUGCGUCCCGGUGCCUAGCUCCGAGCACGUCGCCGAGAUCGUCGGUCGCCAGGGUUGUAAAAUUAAAGCACUAAGGGCCAAGACAAAUACAUAUAUCAAAACACCUGUUCGUGGUGAAGAACCUAUUUUUGUUGUCACUGGACGGAAAGAAGAUGUAGCCAUGGCCAAAAGGGAAAUUCUCUCAGCUGCUGAGCACUUCUCCAUGAUUCGAGCAUCUCGUAAUAAAAAUGGUCCUGCAUUGGGGGGGUUGCCAUGCACACCUAACUUGCCAGGUCAGACCACAGUCCAAGUCAGGGUACCUUACCGUGUUGUAGGACUGGUGGUUGGACCCAAAGGAGCAACAAUUAAAAGGAUUCAGCAGCAGACCCACACAUACAUAGUUACUCCAAGCAGAGAUAAGGAGCCUGUCUUUGAGGUGACAGGUAUGCCUGAAAAUGUAGACCGAGCACGUGAAGAAAUAGAAAUGCAUAUUGCCAUGCGUACUGGAAACUACAUUGAGCUAAAUGAAGAAAAUGAUUUCCAUUACAAUGGUACAGAUGUGAGCUUUGAAGGGGGCACCCUUAGCUCAGCAUGGCUUUCUUCAAAUCCAAUUCCUCCUAGCCGCACCAGAAUGAUAUCCAAUUAUCGAAAUGAUAGUUCCAGUUCUUUGGGAAGUGGUUCUACUGAUUCUUACUUUGGAAGCAAUAGGUUAGCCGACUUCAGUCCAACAAGCCCAUUCAGCACAGGAAACUUUUGGUUUGGAGAAACACUACCAUCUGUGGGCUCAGAAGAUCUUGCAGUUGAUUCUCCUGCCUUUGACUCUUUACCAACAUCCUCCCAAACUAUCUGGACUCCUUUUGAACCAGUUAACCCACUCUCUGGUUUUGGUGGUGACCCUUCUGGUAACAUGAAGACUCAGCGUAGAGGAAGUCAGCCAUCAACUCCUCGACUCUCUCCCACAUUUCCUGAAGGCAUAGAACAUCCACUUGCUCGGAGGGUUAGGAGUGACCCACCGAGUACAGGCAACCAUGUUGGCCUUCCAAUAUAUAUCCCUGCUUUUUCUAAUGGUACCAACAGUUACUCCUCUUCCAAUGGUGGUUCUACAUCUAGUUCACCUCCAGAAUCAAGACGAAAGCACGACUGUGUGAUUUGCUUUGAGAAUGAAGUUAUUGCUGCCCUAGUUCCAUGUGGCCACAACCUCUUCUGCAUGGAAUGUGCCAACAAGAUCUGUGAAAAGAGAACGCCAUCAUGUCCAGUUUGCCAGACAGCUGUUACUCAGGCAAUCCAAAUUCACUCUUAAAUAUAUAUAUAUAUAUAUAUAUACAUAAUAUUAUAUCUCUAUAUGGACUCUUAAAAGCAUGGGUAUAAUGGUACCCCCAGUAAACUUCCUAAUGAAUUCUUAUGACUGUUAUCAGGCUUUAUUGGGAUUAGGCUAAAGUUGUUAGUAAACUUGUAUUUUCUAAAAGGCUGCUAUGGUAACACUAAACCUAGGUGGUCUCUGUCUCCUAGUUUGGUUUUAAUUACUGUUCUAGUAAACAGAGACAUAGCUCAUGUAAGACUGAUUAAAAGUUGAGUUCAACUCGGCUUUCAUAACAUAGAGAUGAUAGGCUUUGUAGGCCUAUGAGAGAAGUUGUGACUUCCAAUAUUUGAAGGCAUUAAGUCCCGUAGCCUAACCAUAUUAAAAGUUUAUGGAGGGUACUUGGCAUUAUUGAUCUAUCAGACACUUCCAGUGCUGCCUUCUUUACACUGCCAGUUUUGAAAAACAGGUUUUUUAUUUUACAACAACUUAUGCCUAAUUCUGCAGGAUUGCAAGUAACUUUUUAAUGCAUAGUUUUGACUUAUUGGAAUGGAUAGGGCUGGUGGCAGUUAAAUAGAUCACUGUUAAUAAUUUGGGAAGAAAACUGCUGCAUUGACCUUCAUCUCGCCCAGAGUUCUUGUGGAUGGUGUGAUCAAAGGAUCAGGAAUGGAUUUGUCUCAAUUGUGAAUUCCUACCCAUUGUCUCUCUUAAUGUAAUGUGGAAAAAUCUGUUUGGAUUUUUCUCAUUUCACUAAGAGCUUUGGGGUGCACAUAUUUUGGCUAAUAGUGAGGAUGCUAACAUUCCAUUCAUUAGUCCGAUCAAGCUAUUAUUAAUUACUUUUAGAGAGUAUAUAGAUCUAAAUGUGAAACAUUUUUAUGUUUGAUCCAUAUUUGUCUUGCACAUUAUAAAUAUAUUUUAUUUUUAGUAAUCGAAAGGGGGGGUGGGUGGGAGGGAUA